AUGCUUUCCCUCUUCCAAUUUGCUGCCUUUGCCAGCAAGUUGGCCACAUUGGCGUAUCGAGCGAAAUGCGUGAAAUCACCAAGUAUUUUGCUGAGAGACGGAUCAUUUCCACCGAUUUUGCCACACAAUCCUUGGGGAUUUCACGAAUUGAUCUUCUACCGACCAGUCUCUUUAUGGAGUGACGCUGAUGUGGAUGAUGAUGAAUUCUUGUUAUUAAGAGCUCUUCUUUUAUGCUCUACUCCUGCUGAUCUCCCCGAAUUCGCCAUGAAAGAACUAGAGAAAACGAAGCUCCGUUUUGCGAGAACCCUUUUCGCGUAUGAGGCGACAAAGCUCGGGCCAACAAAAGGAGCUGAACGCUUUCAACUCCUUCUCUCCACGUUAAAUUCAUGGAUCUUGUUAACAGCAAAGCACAAAGAAUUAUAUGUGAUGGGGAGAUAUCGAGCACUCAAAAGAGGACCACCCGAGAGUCUUUUUCCUGCUUAUGUUGAUCCACUUGUCGUUGAAUUGAUGUCUGGU